UUCAACAGGUUAACACACCUGUCUGCCAAAGGCUCUAUUCACAAGGAGUAGCCAAACCCAAACACAUUUCUCUCAUAUCUCCACUGCUGCCGUGACACAGUUUGGAUUGCUUUGAAUCACACAAGCUUCUGCCUGCCAAUCUUUUCACUGUAUGCUUUUCAUGCCUGAAUUCUCAGAAUGUCUGCACUGGUGGAAACAUUAUCAUUACUUUCAUCUUUGCAUGAUGAAUGUAAAUCUGAAAACUACAUAGAGCCUCAUUACAAGGAAUGGUAUAGAGUGGCCAUAGAUGCACUGAUCGAGGGAGGUAUUACUGCAUAUCAAGAAUUCCUUGCUAAUGAAAGAGCUACAGAGUUUCUUGCUGAAAAUGAAGUCAGCUAUAUUACAAAUCAUAUUCAGAAGGCAGCAGAGACAGCGGACAACUCUCAAGGGGAUACAACAGAUGACAAUUCAUCUUCUGGCACUUACUGGCCAAUGGAAUCAGAUGUAGAAGCACCAAAUCUUGACCUUGGGUGGCCCUUUGUAGCCCCAGGGCACAUAGGACCUACAGACAUAAAUCUCUACUUCCACCCCCCAAGAGGACAUCCUCUUACAAUUAAAGAAAUGGUCAGAAAGAUGAUCAAAGAAGCAAGAAAGGUGAUUGCCAUCGUUAUGGAUAUGUUUACUGAUAUUGACAUAUUCAGAGAAGUUGUGGAGGCAUCAACUAGAGGAGUUCCUGUCUACCUCCUUCUUGAUGAUGUGAGCUUUCCUCAUUUUUUGAAAAUGGCUGAAAAACAGGGCAUACAAGUUCAAAGGUUUAGGAAUAUGCGAGUUAGAACAGUUAAAGGCCAAGACUAUAUUUCCAAAUCAGGAGCCAAAUUUUGUGGAAAGAUGGAACAGAAGUUUCUGCUAGUUGACUGUGAGAAAGUUAUGUAUGGCACUUACAGCUUCAUGUGGUCAUUUGAAAAAGUUCAUCUAAGUAUGAUUCAAGUCAUCACUGGUAAACUUGUUGAGGCAUUUGAUGAAGAAUUUCGAACACUCUAUGCUCGCUCCUGUGUUCCUGCAGCAUUUGGCCCAGAAGAAUCCAUCAUAGGAAAACACAAAAAAAUCCCAUGGGAAAAUGGUUCAUAUUCAUAUCAAAACUCAAUUUCUUCGCUUCUAUCCGCUUCAAGUCAAAGAAGCCUUUUUGGGAGAAAAGAUCAAAUGCACACAUUGGACUCUACCUUUUUAAAAGCACGGAGUCGAUUUAUAAAUAAUGAAGAUGAUAAGUUCAUCACAAGGAACUUAUCGUUUAGAGGAUACAAUGCUCAAAAUAAAAUCAAUCAGGUCCAGCAGUUUGAUCGCAAUGACAACUGGAAAAGACACAGUUAUGCUGCAGGGGAAAAAACAGAGUCAUCUCCCUAUUUAAUGCUGAACAGAGCUGUGAACAACAGAAUGCACAAUCCUCAAAUGCAUUGGAAUAGACAGCCAGAUAUUGGCAGUAUAGGGUCCGCAUCCAGAGGGGGCUAUUCUAGCAACUAUAAUGGUUCAACAACACAAAACUUUGCAAAUCAACUGUCACAAAGAAUAACACCAAACCUUUCUGAAAGAAAUUCAAGCAUACGAAGGUCUUUCCAUGGCACAGACAACCAUGUUAGAUCAGUGCAGCAGAGAAUGCCCACACUGGAACAUACAACCAAGUCCUUCUUGCGAAACUGGAGAAUUGAAUCCUAUUUGAAUGAUCACUCUGAUAUACCGCCGGACACAAACGAGAUUAUGGCAGAUAGAAUUGACAGUAAUGAGGGAGUUGAAAAUGCAGUGGACAAUCAAUUGUACAGCCACACACGAAUUCGCUCAUCAAUUCUGUACAAGUCCACUUUACCAGAGCAAAAAGAAACUAGAAGUUGCACUACAAACUCUUCUCACUCAAAUUCCACUAUCGUAGAUUCUCAGGGUAGCCUCACUCCACAAGCCACUCCAUCAACACCACAGUGUAUCAGAUUUCCAGAAUCACAAGAUGUCAGCAAUUUCACAAGGUAUGACACACCUCACAUGUCACAACAUCAUGAUGUCUUAAAAAGGCAUAGUCUACAAGUGCCAGAUAACACCCAGUUUAUGACUCAUGGUUUACAUUACAACACUAACCCAGGGCCAUCAAGCUACCUGUAUACAUCACUUUCUAAAAACAGACAAACAGACAGUGUUAGAAAUCCAAAUGACAAUAUUCUAAAGCGACGUAGCUUGCCCCUUUUUGAAAGUCGCAAAGUAAAUUUAGGUCAAAGUAACAAUAUAAUUCCACCAAACUAUAUUUACAAUUCACUGGUGAAGAGGCAGACUGAAAACCCUGCACCACAAAAUCCCACAACUGCUGAGAAAUUAGAAAAUAGCUCAUCUCAAGUUAAUGAAAAAGUCAGCAUUGAGCCACCAGAACCUGUAAAAGGUGCUGUAUCCACUGAAUCUUUAGAUGAGGAAAGCAACAAAGAUUCCCCUGGGAAGAAGGAAAGUAAAGGUUCACCUAGUUUUCUUAAAAAGGGUUCAAAGAAGCUCAAGUCAUUACUCAAUCUGGCACCAGAUAAAAAAGAAACCCUAUCAAAAAAUAAAGCCCCUGCCUUCUACAGAAUGUGUAGUAGCUCUGACACUCUUAUUUCUGAAGAUGAUGACCAGCAAUUUCCUAAAAGUCCGAAAAAAUCUGAAACCAAAAAUGAUUCCUCUCCUAAGAAGGAAAAGGCAGUACUAUCAACCUCUCAGAUGAGCCUCAACAAAAGUAAGGAGAAUGUAGGGCUAGGUUCUAGUAAGUCUAAUAUGAAUCUUGCUGAUGAAAGCAGAUCAAAUCAGUCCUCAGGUCUUACUGCUGUUGAAAAUAAGUUUCUUGAAAACACUGGUGAUGCUUCUGCUCCACGAUUUAAUACAGAGCAAAUUCAGUUCCAAGAUACAAAAGUGCAAACCAACAACAACCCAUAUGGAAGAACAGUAGCUCCUACAAUUCAUAGGGAACUUUCUUUAAGGCAUCCAAAAGAAACAAUCCACAGGGAAUUAUCUCAGAGAGAGGUGCAUCAUGGCGACAUACCACCCAUGUUACAAAGAGAAAUGCACUUAAGGCACUCACAGCACAGAGAUAUGCACCAUAAAGAUUUUCCACAUAGAGAUAUAAACAGAAUACCAUCUGUGUCAGAAUUUCCAAAGCCUCAGGAGGACUCAAGCCAUUCUCACACAAGUGAUAGAAGAGUGUAUAGUCGCUUUGAGCCAUUUUAUAGGUUACAAAACAAUAUGCCUACUUCAAAUCCACAAAAUAGCACUCAUCAGGUUUUAGACUUCAAAAAUAAAAGUAUGGUAAACAAUGCCCCUACUUAUUCAAGACCCCAACAUGUCUCAAGCUACGCAUCCAAUGUUUACAACUCACCUCAGGUACAACCUAAUGAAAACAAAUUUGGCAGGUUCAUGCAAAAAUUUGGUAGCUUUAUUCAUAAGAAACAAUAAAACACACUGAUUCUUUCACUUUAAAACUUACUUGUAAAUAGGAAACUGUUUAAUAUGUCUUUGGUGCAAUGAGAAUGUAUAUCUAUGCAUUUUGUAAAAUAUGUUUUCUUAAUAAAAAUGGA